UCAGGACAGGGCUGCAUCACCAUGCUGGACUAUAAGAAGUGCGAGACUCCGACAGGACGGCACCAUCCGGUCCAGAUUCUCCUGCAGUACAGGUCAUCUCCACUCAGCAGCCAUGAAAUUCUCCCUCAUUGCAGCCGUCGUCGUGCUUGCUCUGGCACAAGGAAGCUUUGCACAAGAUGUUGCCGAUCUCGAAAGGCUCGGUCAGUACUUUGAGGAGAUGAAGAACAAAAUGACUCUGGACCUGACUGAGAUGAUCCAGAACCAGGACCUGGCAAACCAGGCUCAGACCUUCAUGGAGGACAAGAAAACCCAGCUGGAGCCCCUGGCCGCUCAGAUCCAGGAGCAGCUGAAGACUGUUGCCACCAACGUCGAGGAGCACAUCAAGCCCCUGGCUGCCAACGUGCAGGCUCAGAUCCAGCCCAUGGUGGAUAACUUCCAGAAGCAGGUGGAGGCCAUCUUCCAGAAGCUGACGGAGCAGGCCAGGGCCGUUGGCAACUAAACCAAUUGUCCUUCCAAAACAUGCAAAUGUGCCUCCUCACCAUCUUCUCUGUCCUGAGUUAACGGAGAUACUUGCAUUUGAUGGCUGAACAGCUUAAGAUGUGUUUCAGUGAUUGUUAACAUUGACAUGAUCAUCUCUGUCCCAAAACACAAUUAAACUUGAAACACAA